AAAACGAAGAGACACCCAGACGCCUGCUACGAAGGAAGCAGCGGACCACCCUCCUCUUCGCCCCCCCCCGAGCUCCGACAGUGCCGUGAUGUGGAAAGCCGUGGUGCUGGCCGUUUGCCUGCUGGUGUCCAGCGUGCAGGCGCUAGAGGGACACCCGACAUACGGAGUCAAACUGUGCGGCCGAGAGUUCAUCCGGGCGGUCAUCUUCACCUGCGGGGGCUCGCGGUGGAGACGGUCAGUCAGGAGCGCAGGAGACCUUUCUCAGGACCCCUUCUCUUCUCACGACGAUGAGGCCGUAGACAGCUGGAGCCCCGACUCUCUCCCCGAACUCCCCUACCAGCAGGUCCCCGAGAGAGAGCCCUCGGUCUGGGCCAGGGAGGAGAACGAGGGCGCCGUGCUCAGCCGCUCAGUGCGCUCCCUAAUUUCAGAGGAAGUGCUGGAGGCCCUACGGACAUCGGACAGGAAGGGCCGCGACGUGGUGGUGGGGCUGUCCAACGCCUGUUGCAAGUGGGGCUGCAGCAAGAGUGAGAUCAGCUCGCUGUGCUGAGAUUCAUCCCUUUUGCUCUCUGUCUUUCCUCUCUUUCCCCUUCUCUUUUG